GGCUAACAGAGAGCAAACCCAGCGGAUCAAAUCGGAUCGAGGGGAUCGGACCUCGCAAGAACUGGAGGUCUAACAGAGAUGUUUCCCCAGUUCGGAGCGGCGACGGCGGACAGUCUCAGUCGGGCAUCCACUCUCGUCUUCCGGAUCGGCACCGACGCUCACCUCUAUGAUGAUCCCGAUGACGUCAACAUCGCUCCUCUCCUCGACAGCCGCUUCGACUCCGAGAAGUGCGAGGCCCUCAAGCGCCUCCUUGCCCUCAUCGCACAGGGCGUUGACGUCUGCAACUUCUUCCCCCAGGUUGUGAAGAACGUGGCGUCUCAGUCGUUGGAAGUGAAGAAGCUUGCUUAUCUUUAUCUUCUCCAAUAUGCUGAAAAGCGCCCCAAUGAAGCUUUGCUGUCAAUUAACUGCUUUCAGAAAGACUUGUCCGAUCUAAAUCCACUGGUUAGAGCAUGGGCACUACGCUCCAUGGCUGGUAUACAUCUACAUGUUGUUGCUCCUCUUGUUUUAGCUGCCAUCAGGAAGUGCGCUAGGGAUCCAUCUUCUUAUGUCAGAAAAUGUGCUGUCAAUGCACUUUCUAAAUUACUUGACUUGCUUCCAGAGGAAAAUAAUGAUAUUGAAGAGCUGGUCAAUAUCUUCAUGAGUGACCAUUCACUUGGAGUUGUUGGAGCUUCUGCAGUUGCUUUCAAAACAGUCUGCUUGAAAAAUCUUUCACUCAUUAGUAAACACUUUAGAAGGUUUUGUGAAUCCCUUCCAGAUAUUGAAGAGUGGGGGCAGAUUACUCUGAUUGAGAUUCUUUUACGUUACGUAAUAGCUAGGCAUGGACUUGUUAGAGAGUCUAUCAUGUUCACUUCAAAUGCUACAGAAAGUUUCCAUUCUAAAUGGGGUUCUACUGGUCUAUUUCAUACAUUUGAUAAUCAUAAUAGUUAUAUUGAGAAUGUUCCUCACGACUUCAAAGGAAAUUCAUUGAUGUCCAAAAAUUACAUUGAAGGAUGGGAGGAAUGUUUAUUACAACAUGGUUUUACAAAUGGAAAUGUUGGUGAAGAUCAAUAUCACCUAAACUAUGUGGCUCCAGCAUCCAUUGAAAAUGAUGAUGUGAGGAUUUUAUUGCAAUGUACAUUGCCUCUCUUGUGGAGUCAAAAUAGUGCAGUUGUGCUAGCUGCUGUUGGUGUUCAUUGGAUUAUGGCCCCAAACGAGAAAGUUCAGAGAAUUGUAAAGCCAAUUCUAUUUCUCCUAAGAUCAUUUCCUGAUUCAAAAUAUGUGGUGCUUUGUAAUAUACAGGUGUUCGCCAAAGUACUCCCUUCACUCUUUGCACCUCAUUAUGAAGAUUUUUUUGUACAUAGCUCUGAGAUUUACCAGAUUAGAGCUCUUAAGCUUGAAAUACUUUCCGCCAUUGUGACGGAUGCUUCAAGUCAAUUCAUUUUGGAUGAGUUCCAGGAUUACAUUAAAGAUCCAGAUCGGAGGUUCGUUGCUGACACAGUUGCUGCAAUUGGUAUAUGUGCUCAAAGGCUACCUUCUGUGGUUGAUGUCUGUUUAGAAGGGCUAUUAGGACUUGCUUCACAAGAAUCAUCAACUAGCAAUGCAUUCCAGAAGGACGGGGAAGCUUGUAUUUUGGUGCAAGCAAUCAUGUCCAUUAAGUCAAUAAUAAAGCACAGUCCAGCUAGGCAUGAAAAGGUUAUUGCAAGAUUGGCUCGCAAUCUGGAUGUGAUUAAGGAACCUGCUGCACGCGCAUUAAUUAUCUGGAUAGUGGGAGAAUACUGCUCCAUUGGACUGAUCAUGCCAAAUAUAAUUCCCAAUGUACUGAAGUUUCUAGCUUGGUCCUUCUCGUCGGAAAUUCUUGAAACAAAGCAUCAGAUUCUCAACACUGCUAUUAAGGUCGUAUUAAGUGCCCGAAAUGAGGAUAUGUUAAUGUUUGAGAAGAUCCUUAAUUAUAUUUUGCAAUUGGCAAAAUAUGAUAUAGAUUAUGACAUCCGUGACCGUGCUCGCAUGGCGGAGAAACUUUUAUCUCCAUGUAAUGCGGAAGACAUAUCACGCAAGAUGCAAAAUGGGGGCACAGCUGGUGAAAUUUUGGAAAACAUUUUUAGGGGAAUUAAGCAUCCCUCUCGAUUGCCUGAUCAUGAUUUUCGAUUUUAUCUUCCUGGAUCACUUUCACAUGUGGUGCUUCAUGCAGCUCCUGGAUAUGACCCUCUUCCUAAGCCUUGCAGUCUGCAUGACAAUUUGCCAAAUGGAAUAGCUGAUGAAGAUGCUACCAGUGGUUCAUUCGAUUCUGGGUCUUCCAUCGAUGACAGUGGCUCCUAUAAUGAUUCAGACCCAUCUGUUACUAGCUCUGUAGAGAGUGAUGGAAAUGAGUUGGCAAGUGAUUCCCAUGUUUCAAACAACCCUUCUUCGUCAUCAAUAACUAAUAUUGAUGAAGAUAGAAAGGAAAAUUCGCAUUGUCAUCCUUCAGAGUCCAGUUUUGUUUAUGAUCAAAGUGUAGCAGAAAAUUUGACCACAUCCAUCUCUUCUGAUCUCGCUGAUUUGAUGUCAAGGACAGCUCUUGAAUCAUGGCUUGACGAGAAUUCUGGUUUACCAUCUGCAACAAAACCCAGUGAAUCGUCUUCUAUAAGAAUUUCUGUCAAUGAUCUUAGUUUCACUGUCUCUCCUAAACUUCAUACGCUCCUAGAUCCGGCAAAUGGGAAUGGUUUGAAAGUGGAAUAUUCUUUCUUAGCAGAAGCUUCAAAACAUUCCCCUUUUCUAGUAUGCAUUGAACUAUUGCUUUCAAACUGUUCAAAUGAACUGUUGACUGCCAUAACUGUGGAAGAUGAAGAACCAAAUAAAAGUGCAGCAUCUUCCAUGCAAGUGCUAGAGAAACCUGAAAGCUUAUCAACCACUGAUGAGGGGUCAACUAUAAUUCCUAUUGAAGAGAUUACAAGGCUGGAACCUGGUCAGACAAUCAAAAGAACUCUUCAAGUUCAAUUUCAACAUCAUCUAUUACCUCUCAAAGUAGCUGUGUUUUGCAAUGGGAGAAGAUAUGUAGUAAAACUGUGGCCAGAUAUUGGUUAUUUCAUAAGGCCCAUUUCCAUGAAUGGUAACUCAUUUGUUGAAAAGGAAUCAGAGUUAAAGGGAAUGUUUGAAUGUACUAAAAGAUGCUCGUUUGAAGGCCAUAUCGAAGAUCUGAAGCAUGAGGAGCAGAAGCAGAGUUCAUUAGGGACAGACAAGAUUCUUGUAGUGUCUCGGAGCCUGGCAUCAAAAGUACUUAGCCACGCAAAUGUUUUCCUGGUCUCCAUUGAUAUGCCUGUUUCUUUCAGCGACGAUGAUGCUUCUGGGUUGCGUUUGCGUUUCAGCAGUGAAAUAUCGAGGAGUUCAAAGCCAUGCCUUAUUAGUAUAGUUGCUGAAGGUAAAUGUUCUGAGCCAUUAAAUAUCUCUGUGAAAAUCAAUUGCGAGGAAACGGUAUUUGGUCUUAAUCUCUUAAACAGAUUUGUAGCUUUUCUACAUUGAAUAAAAUAUCAUUGCAGAUUAACUUCAGAAAUUGACUGUUUUGCUUCCUUUUUUUUGUCUUUUUUUUCUAAAAUAUGGUGAAUGUGAAUAAAGGAUGGCUCAGAAUGUGCUUUUUUGUCUUAUAGAACUUCUAAUGUCUGUUAUUUUCAUUUUUUUAGUGUAAUAUUGUAGAAAUUAUGAGACAACUAUUUUAAAUAUGUCUGUUGUAUUUUUCA